GCCUCCUCUCAUAAACUUCCAAGCGGCUUUUCAAGAUCUUUGUCACUUCCUUCUUUGACCCAUCCUCCUAGAAAAUUGCACAAAUUCCACCAUAUUCCUCUAUUGCACAUAAUAUAAAUCCAGUAUUACAAUUACGAAUACAGAAAAAGUAAAAAAUCAAAAUCAAAAUCUAACCGCCUUAACUAGCAAAUCAUAAUUAGUUUUCGAAAUCUCACCCAAUCCUCCGUUACUUUUUUCUUAGAUCCUCUUUUUCUGUCAUUCUUUUUUUUCCCCAAUAACAACGACUCAUUGCAUGUGAAGGUUGAUUUUGAUUUUUGGUGUUUAUUCAAACUCUCUCUUCACGAUUUUCUUACUCUUUCUAGAAGUAUCCAUUACUUUCUAUUCUGUGAUUUCUGUGAUUCGGCGAAAGUAAGCAAUGGCGAUCAUGGAAUUGCCGGAGAGCGUCGAAAUGACGACGACGACUUCAGGUAUUGAGAACCUCAACUCCAAUCUUAAUCACUCGGUUCGGAGGAGACGUGGCAGUAAUGGUUUUGAAGCGGUUAGUGCAAUCGACAGAUCGGAUGCGAAUACAAGCGAAGAUAGAAGAGAUGUGUGUGGCAGCGGUGCUGGAUGGGAAACGGUGAAUGAGCGGAGUAAAUCGGUUGGUGAGUCCAGUGAUGUUAUUCGAAAGGAGGAGGACAGGAAUGAUAAUGUUGCGAAUGGUGAGGAAAGCAAAUCAACGGAAACAACAACGACGCCGUUUAAAUUUGCUUACAGGGCGUCGGCACCAGCUCACCGGCGAAUCAAGGAGAGUCCUCUCAGCUCCGACGCCAUUUUCAAACAGAGUCACGCAGGGCUGUUCAAUCUCUGUGUGGUGGUGCUGAUUGCUGUUAACAGCAGGCUGAUUAUCGAGAACUUGAUGAAGUAUGGCCUUUUAAUUAGGGCUGGCUUUUGGUUUAGCUCGAAGUCGUUAAGAGAUUGGCCGCUUCUAAUGUGCUGUCUGAGUCUCCAAAUUUUGCCACUCGCUGCUUUUCUUGUGGAGAAGUUGUCACUGCAGAGGCGUUUGACUGAGCGUGCGGUGGUUACUCUUCACAUAACUAUAACAACAGUUGCCAUUUUGUAUCCAGUUCUGGUCAUUCUCGGGUGUGAUUCUGCUUUUCUGUCUGGUGUCAUAUUGAUGCUAGUUGCUUGUAUUGUGUGGAUGAAGCUGGUAUCUUACGCACAUACAAAUCAUGAUAUGAGACAGCUCGCAAAGUCUAUGGAUAAGGAUGAAACUUCAGAUGGGGAUUACUCUUAUGAUGUUAGCUUCAAGAGUUUGACUUACUUCAUGGUUGCGCCAACAUUAUGUUAUCAGCUUAGCUAUCCCCGCACUCCAUGCAUUCGCAAAGGUUGGGUGGCACGCCAAUUCAUCAAGCUUGUAAUAUUUACAGGAUUGAUGGGAUUUAUCAUAGAACAGUACAUUAACCCAAUUGUGCAAAACUCACAACAUCCUUUGAAAGGAAACCUUUUAUAUGCCAUCGAGAGGGUAUUGAAGCUUUCGGUCCCAAAUUUAUAUGUCUGGCUCUGCAUGUUUUACUGCUUCUUUCAUCUUUGGCUAAAUAUACUUGCGGAACUUCUAUGUUUUGGUGAUCGUGAGUUCUACAAGGAUUGGUGGAAUGCCAAAACAAUUGAUGAGUACUGGAGGAUGUGGAAUAUGCCUGUUCAUAAGUGGAUGGUUCGUCACAUUUAUUUCCCUUGCUUAAGAAACGGAAUUCCAAAGGGGGUUGCAAUACUGAUUGCUUUCCUUGUAUCCGCUGUUUUCCACGAGCUGUGUAUUGCUGUUCCAUGUCGCCUUUUCAAGUGGUGGGCAUUCAGUGGAAUUAUGUUCCAGGUUCCUUUGGUCAUACUCACAAACUUCUUACAGAACAAGUUCCAAAGCUCGAUGGUGGGCAAUAUGAUGUUCUGGUGCUUUUUCUGCAUCCUUGGUCAGCCAAUGUGCGUGCUUUUGUAUUACCACGACGUGAUGAAUAGAAAAAGCAGUGCACAUUAAGCUUCAUCCAAGGUUUUGUUGAUGGGCGAUUAUUUAAAUUUUGGAUCCCUAGCUCUAUGCUACUGUUUCCUAGAGGACACUGGUCAUCCACUGCAACAACAUUGCUGAUGAUGUGUUUCUGGCAAGGCAUUCCUGCUAUUUCCUUCAUCAGUCCACAAAUGAUAUUCAGAUGAUAUGAAAUUAUGUGUUUCGAAUGCACAACACAAGGGCACGACCACUGAUGCUGGUGUCUUAACAUUUUAUUGUGAUCUUCAUGUCAGAGAAAUGUAAAAUACUAUCUUGAGAUAAAUUUUCUUGUCAGUAAAUCCCUUUCGCCUCUAGUUUCUCAUUCAUCUAUUUCUGCUUGAGGCUGGCUUUGAUGCAAGCUUGAAAUGUAAACAAUUGGGUGUAACUGAUAAAUAAAGCCCAUUGUGCUUUGUAAACGCUUAUUUGGAUUUUGAUUGUUACUCUUUAAAAAAGGAAGAAGAGUAGAACACGCUUGUUUAGAU